UUUAAGUUUGUCUAUUGUAACGUUGAAGUUCGGCGCGGAAAGAUAUUUUUUAUUGAGAAAAGUGGUUAUUUAAAGUGUAAAGUUAUUUAAUCUUGAAAUAAGUGAAAUAUUCCAAACAAAUUAACUGAAUCAAUUUGAAACAAACAACGAAUCUGUUUACUAAUAUAAGUUAAAGUUGAAGUUAACACACAUUAAAAGAAUCUACUUUUGAUGAAAAUAUUGAUUUUUCAAUUUUCUUGCAUCAAUUAAAAGAAAAUUUUUAAGUUAUUAUAUAAAUUAAAGAUAAAGCGUCAAUAAGAUUUCAUAUAACUUAAAGAAUAAAAGUAAAGUUUUGUACUAAUUGCAUUUUUCUUUGAAGAGAGACCGGGACAAAAUCGGUAAGACACUGAACACGAAGAUGCCAUCAGCACCAACACACACUGCCGAGGAGGCACGUCUACUUGGCACCAUGCCAGUUGAUCCAAUGGAUGAUAUAGAAUUGCGUUCAGUUCAGUUGCAAUUCCCAAAUGCACGUGGCUCAAUUAUUGACGCUUGUGAUCAGCGACGUAUACCAUCAGAUAAAGGGGAUAUACUUGUUGCUAUACAAGGCGAUACAUCGAAACCAGCUAUAGUAACUUAUCAUGAUUUAGGCUUAAAUUAUGCCACUAGUUUUGCGGGUUUCUUUAAUUAUCCAGUUAUGCGUGGUUUGUUAGAGAACUUUUGCGUUUAUCAUGUUACCGCUCCUGGACAAGAAGAAGGUGCACCAACUUUACCCGAAGAUUAUGUUUACCCUACAAUGGAUGAAUUGGCAUCACAGCUACUAUUUGUGUUGUCACACUUUGGACUGAAGUCUGUUAUUGGACUUGGUGUUGGUGCUGGUGCUAAUAUAUUGGCUCGCUUUGCAUUGGCUCAUCCAGAUAAAAUUGGGGCACUAUGCCUUAUUAAUUGUGUAUCAACACAGUCUGGCUGGAUAGAGUGGGGUUACCAAAGUUUUAAUGCGCGUUUCUUGCGUACCAAAGGCAUGACACAAGGAGUUAUAGACUAUUUAAUGUGGCACCAUUUUGGUCGUAAUCCAGAAGAACGUAAUCAUGAUUUGGUACAAAUGUACAAACAACAUUUUGAACGUGGUGUGAAUCCAACCAAUUUAGCCAUGUUUAUUAAUUCUUAUAUACAUCGAAAUGAUUUAAAUAUUGCACGUACACCACCUGGUACUCCAGGAACACAACCAUCAACAGCAACACUUAAAAUGCCAGUUAUUAAUAUAACAGGUGCUUUAUCGCCACAUGUUGAUGAUACGGUUACUCUAAAUGGACGACUUGAUCCUACAAACUCUUCCUGGAUGAAGAUAUCUGAUUGUGCAAUGGUUUUAGAGGAACAACCAGAUAAAUUAGCCGAGGCCUUCCGUCUUUUCCUGCAGGGUGAAGGCUACGCUGUUGGUUCACUACAAAAGUUGGGACGCAAAUUUUCAACAGCAAGCCAGAGCAGCUCCAAUCACAUUGAGUUGAGAGUACAAUGAAUCAUUUAAAUGGGCUGCAGCUCCACCUUAAAUUAUAAAUCGCUUAGCUUUAAACGCAUUUUUGCAAUAAUUGAUUUAUUAUAUGAUAUAUUCUUUUUUAUUAUUAUUAUUUUUUUGUUUUACCAAAACAUAAUCAUAAUGUUGUUGUAAUUUAUAUGUAUUAAAUUAUUUAAGCAUUAUUAUUGUAUUUUUACAUUGACUGUAAAAAAUAAUUGCAUAUAUUUUAUACAUAUAUACACAGUUUUCAU